AUAAUACGACUUUUAGUAUUAAGGUACCCGUCCGUUAAACACCAGUGUAAUACCGCUACGCGAUUGUAAACAAUCAUUAUAACUUUUUAAAUACGUGUAACGUAAUUACGUACAUACUCACAUUUGUAUGUACGAAUCUGAAUAUCAAAUAAUGCUUUUGAAUUCUUCGAGAUUCGUGAAAACAAUUUGCACAUUUGCUGUACUCAUCAACAUAGUAGUAAAUGUGGAAAAUAAAAAAUAUAUGAGAUGCGAACUGUCACGAGAAUUGGUGGAGAAAUACCAAAUUAGUAAAACUUUUCUAUCAAAUUGGAUUUGUUUGAUUGAACAUGAAAGCGACAGAGAUACACAAAAAAGGACUACUUUAACGAAUGGUGAAAAUAAAUACGGCCUCUUUCAAAUAAGCAGCAAAGAAUGUGGAUCAGGCAACAAAAUCCAAGCAUGUGAUACGUCAAAAUUUCCAUGCUGCCAAAUGAAAUGCGAAAAUUUCUUGAAUGACGAUAUUGCCGAUGACGUCCACUGUGCAAAAAGAAUAUUUGAACUCAAAGGUUUUCGAAACUGGAAUGGUUGGAGUACGUACUGUCGCAAUACUCAAAAUUUACCAAAUCUAAGUGUUGCUUGUAAUAUUAACACAGUUUCCCCAUUAUCCCGAUUUCUUUCCUACAUGAGUUCCAGUACAAGACAAUAAUCUAAUGCUUAAUUAUAUUAUAAAAAAGUAUUUAUGCGCUUAAAAAAAUUUCUUAUGUAGUAAAAACUUUAAUUGUGGAAAACAGAA